ACGUACGAAGCUCAGAAAUUUUUUGGAGCCAUGAUUUGGAGCUCGCGGACAUGGAGUCAAUGAUGAAAUGGCACCUUCGCACCUUAACCUUGUGCAAUCUCCUUUUCGUUGUUGUUUAUUGGCAAUCUACUUUAGCUGGUGAUUGUCCUGCAGAUGGGCGCACCUGGGUGCCUUUUGGACAAAGAUGCUACCACUUUGUCCAUGGAGAAGAAGACAUAGCUAAAAGUUAUACGAUUGAAGCUGCGAAGUCUCUCUGCUCAGGAUAUGAACUGGUGAGUGUCCAAAGUGCAGAGGAGAAUGAUUUCAUCAUCAAGUACAGUCCGCAGGUGUGGAAAGGCAACAUCCAUGUGUGGUUGGGCAUGUAUUAUGACAGUGACGAUGAGGACUUUAAGUGGCAAGAUGAAAUGGGCCUGAGCUUUAAGAACUGGGGGAACAGCUCCAGCUCACCUGACUUGAUUCCCAUGGACACUUGUGUUGCCAUGCACACCACCACAGGGGUGUGGGAGAAAGUCAGCUGUGUUGAAAACCCAGAGAAUGGAGUGGUCUGUGAAACUGCUGAAAAAGCAGAGAAAAACGGCAAACCCACUACCAGUCCACUGCUCUCAGCUCUGGUCAUUCUGAGUGUGGUCGCCAUCAUGGGGAUCUCGGCAGUCUUUUGGUUCCUGCACCAAAAUCACCAACACGGUGCCGUCCUCACAUCAUUCGAGUACCACCCCCCGUUCAGGGCUCCUACCUCUGAUGAGGCCUGCCUAGUGGAGACAGAGGAGACUGAUGACAUGGCGUAAUGAAGAUCCUGCUCUUAGAUUCUGCUGUGUGGAGUCGCUGUUGGAUGAGAGGCCUUGGAGAGAAAAAGGCGACCUUUCUCUUAAUUGAGACUGGUUCCAUUGUCCGGAAAAGAUGAUUUGACAGGUAAAAUUACAUCCUACAAUGCAAGGACAUGCGUAGCUACACCACCAACUAAUGCCACGGUAUGCCCCGUCCUUUGCCUGUCUGAAUGGGCUCCCAUAUGGGUAUUGGGUCAGUCUGCUUUUCUGAAGCUUUAUUCUUUGAAUUAUGAAUGUUUGUGCUAACCAAACAGGAUCCUAAGGAAAUUGUGUUUUCAAAUGACAUUUAGCCUACGCACUGAAUGCGUUGCAUGCAGUUACAAUUAAUUAAAUACUCGUUUGAAUUGUGAGAAUCACUGUUUUCAAUCUUCAAAGAAGUUCGGUCUCCUGUUGUUUUCUGUCAUAAAGUUAGUGAUCUUUGUACCGCAUGGCGAGUCUGAUUGAGAUACGUUAUCAUUAUCACACAUCUUUAUGUUGUAUUGCCCUUGUAAGUGCUCAUACUCAGUCUCUUACCCUUAGUUCUCAAUAUGAGAUAAAUACAAGUAAUUGAAAGUACAGAGGGACUAAUCCAUCAUUCAUAUCUCAAACCGAUUAAGGCUGGUAAAAUAUGUCAAAGAGCCACAUUCAACCAGUGUGCAUUUUCUCAGCAAGGGAUCUGUAAUUCUGUGUCCCAUUGUCAUUUGUGUGCUGUAACAGGCUUCUACAGAUUAUUACAUUUAUAAUAGAUAUGAUUUGUUGUGCAUUAGUCUGUAAUGACAUGCAUAAACUUCUAUUCAUGGGAGAAAACAUUUUUGAGCGAGGAUUGUUUGUCUUUCUCUAGUAAUGUCCUUUGUGGGAUACCUGAAUAAACACUUAUAAUUCAUUUUUACUAAUAUGAAUACGGUCAGUGGUUUACUAAUGCAUUAGUGAUAUGUUACAGUUUGGGGAGUGGUGCUUAAAUGGUGUUUUGUCAGCACUACAUCCCUGUAAGGUAUAUGACUGUAUUUGAAAGCUUUUUGCUGAUUACUGUGCGAUAUUUGUUUCAUUUGGCUUUAGCUAAGCCCUGUUUGUUACUCAAAAUAAAGUUUGGACAUCACCUGUGA